AUGACUAUGUCAGAAAUAUCAAUGGGUGUGGUGAGGUCACUUGAAAACGUAUGGAAAGAGAAGCAGCUUAUUGAUUUUAUCGUCAAGAUCAAUGAUGUCUCGAUCGAUUGCCAUCGACUCAUACUAGGGGCCUGUUCUGAUUUCUUCCAGGCACUUUUUCGUUCAGGGAUGAGAGAGGUCACAGAGAACUGCGUUGUUUUACAAGGAAUUUCAUGUCGCGUUUUUCGGUUAAUUUUAAAAUCUUUAUACACCGGUGUUGACAUUCUGACUUCAAAAAAUGUUCUAGAAGUUUGGCGAGCUGUUAAUCAGCUUCAGAUAAGUUUCAUGGUCAAGGUAUGUGAAACCUUUGUUAUAAAAACACUGUCAGCAGAAACGUGGCAGGAUACUUACACAAAUGCAAAGCUUCUAGACUCUGCGGAUGUUCUUGAAGAGCUUUAUUCGUUUAUGUUGAAAAACUUCGACCGAGUUUGUCUCGAUAAAACAUUUUUAGAUCUUUCUUACAGCGAGAUUCAUGAGUUGGUCAAAUCUCAGGAUCUGAUAGUCAGCAGUGAAGAUUUGGUGUUGGAGGCUGUUGUCAAGUGGGUGGAGUUUGUUCCUCAACUGGAUCAAGACUACACCAUGGCAGGUGUCAAUUCUAACAUUAAUUCCAAAAAGGUCAAUAAAUCCACGACUCCAGGAAGCGAAGUAAAGAGAAAAGAGAGGAAACAAAAAAAGAUAAUUGAAAAUUCUGGGAAAGAUCAAGAAGAGUUGUCAAAGAUAUCAAGAAAUGAAAACCUGACACAACUCCUAACUGCAGUUAGAACUUGUAUUGUAAGUCCAGCCACUCUUAAACGGGUCUUCAAGUAUAAAAUCUUCUCAGAAAAUAACGAUGCAAAAGCUGUUAUUUUCGACGCUUUGUCCUACCAUGUAUUGGAUUUCAGACACGGACAGUGGCCUUCGUCAGCUGUCCACAGAUCAAAUAGUGAAUAUUCACAUUUCGGUGUGUGUGCUACAAAUGCUGGAGAAUUUCAGCUAAUGUGUUUAUCCACACGACAAUGGCAAAGUAUUGCAGAUUGUGCUUUUUUAAAACUAGAAAUUCAAUUAGUAGCUUUCGAUAAUAAUUUAUAUGCAAUAGGGAAGGAAGACAAUCGUCAAAACGGAACUUGUAAGAUGUUUGUUUUUUGUGGUGACGUUUGGGAGGAAGUAAUGACAAUGCCUAAUCCAAACCAUGCAUUGAUGAUGUUUUCACAAGGACAUUACAUUUACAUUUUGGACAAAACCGACAAGAAAAUAUACAACUUUAAACCACAGAUGAUGUCACGGAAAAUGGAGACUUUUGCAGACCUACCCGGUGAAGCGGAUAUCCAGCAUGCCAUGUUUUAUUCCAAUUCACUUUUGCUAUUUUGUUCUGAAACUCACAACGGCAUCGACGAGACAUCGGUUUUUAUGUUGGACAUUUCGUCCAAUGUUUGGACUAGAUUAGACACUCUAGAUGGACCAGCGGAACAGCUGAUUAACUUCACCAUCAACGACAACGUCUAUAUACUUCAAACCAACGGCAGCUUGUGGAGGCUUAACUUCUUAUACUCUUACCAGAAAAUUAAAUUUACGUUUAUCGCGAAACUUUGGAAUUUUGAGAAGAAACUGUAUGGAGCAGUGACUUACAAUGGUGAACUUAUUAUCUUUGGAAACAACCCUGCCGAGGACCCCCCAGAUGAGCAUCAACUCUCUGUGGUUACUGAUGUGCUCCUAAACAUUUCACAUUUAGGAAUGGAUGAAUUGGGUUCUAAUUUAAUUCCCAUUACGCUGUCGAAAAAAUUCUUGCUUCCAAUAACAUAA